UGCUACAUAAGCUCAAAUGAGGCGAUCAAGCGUUGAAGAUGAACAGGCAGGGCUACGAUUACAGCGUGCCCGCUUCGACCGCGUACUACCCCAGUAAUAACCGGCCGCCGCAAUACGACCGCGGCUAUGGGCAGCUGCCGGCCGGCACGCUUUACAGCCCCACCGCGCACCCGCUCGCCAACUACGCCGAUGUCUACGAGGGCAACAACGACACCACCCUCCGAGCCGAGGAGCGCCACUGGUACAUAGAAAACCACAAAAACUUACAACCCAGCUAUGAGGUCACUCAUGAAACAAUUCCCCAAGAUGCCAAAAUUAAAAAGGAGGAGGAGAAAAAGAGUGAUUCGCUCGUCAGGAGAUCGGAAGCGAGUCAAGCGAGACAGAGACGGAAAGAGGACCGUUGCUCGUGCGAGUGUUGGCCUAGCACUGACAAUAACGCGGUGCAAGAUAGUGCGGCUAACGAGGGAGCCAGAUCGGUGUCUGGAGUGGAUAUGGUGGCAUCGUACGGUGUGUACGGGAACCCGCAGGAUGACGAUAGUUCAGGGUUCGCGCGGCUCGAGAAGAGUGCUGUGUACGGACAAGGGAGCGAAGCUCCGGUGCAGGGUGUGAUAGUGAACCAGCAGGGGAACAGUGCAGUGGUGCGGGCUGGGGCGGCGCCAGAGUCCGCGUGCGGCAAGUGCUGCCCAUGGUCGACGCCACCCGCCGCCGCCAACUCUGAAGACUACUGUUGGAUCCAUUACUGCCGCCCAGCGCUCAUAGUUUUGCUGCUACUGUUUUUUCUAGUCUUGCUGGGAGUCUCAACAGGGUUCUUAUUGACAAAUAACUAUUUACAUUAUCAGCCAAGACCACCAGCCCCCGAAGAAGCAUGUGAGAAGACGUUCUGCCGGUGGGGUGCAGAGUGCGUGUCUCUAGGGGACGGGCGGGCCCACUGCGCAUGUCCGACCAGCUGUCCGGCGUCGCAAGCACCGGUCUGCUCCACAGCUAGCCGCACGUACCGCAACCACUGCUAUCUGCGCAAAGAGGCCUGCGAGCGCCGGCUCAACUUACGAGUCAAACAUGAAGGCGAAUGCGAAUCCGGUGAUCCCUGUUCCGGCGUGACUUGCCAACCAGGAGCUCGUUGCAUCGUCACAUAUGGCAACCCUGAGUGUCGAUGUCCCCGGAGUUGCCAGCGAAGGAAACCAGUGUGUGGCACCGAUGGCAAGGAGUACGCCUCGGCUUGCCACCUCGACAAGCAUUCCUGUGACAACCAGCUCAACAUCACUAUUAAAUACCACGGCAAAUGCGAUCCAUGCGGCGACCAUGAAUGCGCCGACGGCAGUAUAUGCCAGUUGAACGAAGCCCGCGCACCAACCUGCCGCUGUGGACCACCGUGCGACCUGGUGGCUCGACCAGGGUCGGCGGUCUGUGGGUCGGACUAUAAGGACUACCGCAGCGAAUGUGCUUUGCGAAGGGAGUCCUGCCGAACCCGACAACAACUCACCAUCGCUUAUAGAGGGGAAUGUGCUUCGGCUCAACAUCCAUGUGAGGCAGUGAAAUGCGGAGUUCGGGAGCGUUGCGCGUUAGACGCACGAGGCGUUGCCGUGUGUGGGUGUGGCCCCGAGUGCGAGGCCGUGGUACGCCCUGUCUGUGGUACCGAUGGACGGACGUACGACAGUCCUUGCGCCCUCGACCGUACUUCGUGCCUCGACAACAGAGACGUCCGCGUCGCGUACAUCGGUCCCUGUGGUGACGAAAACCCGUGCGCCCGCGCCACUUGUCCGUGGGGCGGAGCUUGUAUAUCCCGCGGCGGCGCGGCGCAGUGCGCAUGUCCCGUCUGCGACGCGACGCUUGCGCCGGUCUGCGCCUCCGACCACAACACUUACGGGAGCGAGUGCAAGAUGCGUAUGCACGCCUGCCAAGAAGGCAUCAAGGAGGGAGAACUCAAAGUCCUAUAUAAUGGGACCUGCCAGACCUGCGCCGACAUAGUCUGCCAGGGUGGUGGCGACUGCUCUGUCGAUCCUGAUACCGGGCGGCCCGUGUGUCUCUGCAACCAUAACUGCACUGAAGCACAGGAAACCGACGUGGUUUGCGGUUCGGAUGGGCAAACCUAUCCGUCGCAGUGUGAGCUGGACUCGACAGCAUGUCGAGCACAGAGUGAGCUGCGGACGGCAUAUAGAGGCGAUUGUGCCCUUUGCGAAGGAGUGAGGUGUUCGUUCGGAGCGCACUGUUCAGCGGGCGAGUGCAUGUGUCCCACCGACUGCACCGGCGCCGCCCGUGAACCCGUCUGCGGCAGCACCAUGCAGACAUAUCCCAAUGAAUGCGAACUACAGAAAGCAGCAUGUAGACUUCCACCACCUGCGACACUUCACGUCAUCUUCUACGGAGACUGCAAGGACAGACUCGCUGUCGUCCCGCCCAUCGCUAUGAGUAUGGAAGUAAGGCCUUGCGGUAACAACAAGGCAAUGGUCGAUCCUACGACGGGCUUGGAAAUAGACUGUGGCAACGGCCCACAUCGCCAAGAUUGCCCCGUCGGCAGCUACUGCCACAUUACUCUGACUGCGGCACGAUGUUGUCCUAAAAACGAUACAAAACAAAUGGAGGAAAAGAAGUUGCAUUGUUCGGAGGGUCCGUACGGUUGUUGUUCGGAUGGCUCAACCGCAGCCACGGGUCCUAACGAGGAGGGAUGUCCAAUUACGAGUUCGACUUGUGGUUGCAAUCGGCUGGGAUCGGUGUCGGAUCGAUGCGAUGAGAGCGGGCAGUGCGUGUGUCGGCCCGGCGUCGGCGGGGAGAAGUGCGACCGCUGCGAGCCCGGAUACUGGGGACUACCGCGUAUCGGCACCGGACAUACUGGUUGCAUACCCUGUGGAUGUUCGGCGUUCGGGUCAGUGCGGGAAGAUUGUGAGCAAAUGACCGGUCGAUGUGUCUGUAGACCGGGAGUACAAGGUCAGAAAUGUACCGUGUGCGCGGACCACAGACGCAGAUUGGGCCCCAACGGCUGUUCCGAUCCGGAGAGCGGGGGCGUGGUAGAAUCUUGCGCGGAGCUGUCCUGCUAUUUCGGGGCUGUAUGUACAGAGCGCACGGGUGGAGCUUUAUGUGAGUGUGCUGCAGCGCCCUGCCCCGACAGCGAUACUAAUAUGUUGGUAUGUGGGAGCGACGGCAAGACGUACGAAUCAGAGUGCCACCUGAAGCUACAAGCAUGUCGCACGCAAGAAGACAUUGUGGUGCAAGCAUUCGGGCCGUGCAAGUUGGGCGAGCUAGCUGGUACCGCCGGCCCUCCCCGACCCUCCUCCCCCAUACAGUUCACCCAGCAAGACGACGGCGCUGCUUCCAAAUCCACGCGACACCUCCUCAACCCCGACAAGUACUACAACAAGUACGAUUGGACACGAAAAGAAACACCCAGCGACUUCGACAGCAUUCUAUCCGGACAAAAAUUCAAAGGUUCACAAACAGCCACGACGGCUACUGUUGGCGCGGUGGGGGCGUUGCUAGGCGACCUGUGUACUGAGGACGCGGAUUGUGCAGCACUUCCCGGCGCGCAUUGCGCACUCGGCGGCUGCGUGUGUCGUCCGGGAUAUGCGCCUACUUCGCAUCGGAAGGCGUGCAUAGAACUCGUAACGCAGGAGACGACUGAAGAGUACAGUGCCUGUUUGUCUGAGCCAUGCUACAACCUGGGAACUUGCAUAGACUUGCCGGGAACCACAUACACUUGCGUCUGUGCCGGCCCUUAUACAGGAUUAAAUUGCGAAUCCCUCACAAACGAUGGCAUGAGCUCUUACAUCGAGACACCCUCCUUUGAUGGCUCGUCAUAUAUUCGCCUGAAACCAUUGAAAGCUUACCAUAAAUUGAACAUCGAUAUCGAAUUUAAGGCUUUCUCAGAAAAUGGCGUCAUAUUGUACAAUCAGCAGAAAGCUGACGGCACUGGUGAUUUUGUUUCACUCGCUUUGGUCAACGGAUAUUUGGAAUUUAGGUAUAAUCUUGGGAAUGGAGCGAUAGUACUGACGUCUUUAGAGAAGAUAACUCUUAACGAGUACCAUAAGGUGUCAGCGAAGCGAUACCAUCGUGACGGGAUCUUGUCAGUUGAUGAUAUGGAAGACGUCGCUGGCCAGUCCAGCGGACACUUGAAAGCUUUAGACCUUGCGGAGGAUGCAUACAUCGGAAGCGUCCCAACAAAUUUCUCUAGGGUCUUCGAUAAUAUCGGCACUCGGAGGGGCUUUAUUGGAUGCGUGAAAUACUUGAGAAUAAUACGUCAUCAAGUGACAAAGAAAUUGGGGCGUCCGGACUCAUUAGUGGUGGCUAUAGAAAAUGUCCGCGAGUGCCAAUCUAAUCCGUGUAUAAGUGUACCGUGCCAGAAUGGGGCCACGUGUAAGGCAGUGGAAGGAUCGGCAACCGAAUAUUCUUGCACUUGCCCUAUCGGGUUUCAAGGAGCCAAUUGUGACGAAAGAUUAGAUCCAUGUGAAUCCAAUCCCUGCGGAUAUGAUGAGGGGCUAUUGUGUGACAUAGGGACCGACGGUGGGCACGUCUGCCGUUGUUUGUUUGGAGGCGAAAUUGGAUCAAAUGGAAAUACUUGUAGUAAUGAUGUAACUGUUGUCCAAGAGACAUGGUCUCCUCAAUUUAACGGGACAAGUUACGUGGAAUUGCCACCACUAGAGGGGUUGGGCAAAGCGUUCCGCAUUGAAAUCUGGUUUUUAACGAACCGUUUCUCGGGGAUGCUCCUCUACACGGGCCAGUCUAAUAAAGCCAAGGGGGAUUUCAUAGCGAUUAACUUGGUUAAUGGAUACCUACAGUUUAGGUACAAUUUGGGGAGCGGAAUUGCUAACAUCACAUCUCCGGUACCUAUAACUAAAGGUCGUUGGCAUCGAGCUCGGAUCACGAGAGUUGGUCGGCAUGGAAGUUUGCAAUUGGAUCAGCAUCCAACGCAGAGAGGUCAAUCUGCUCCUCCCCUUACCCAUCUCGAACUCACUCUGCCUCUAUUCAUUGGAUCAUUACCUGCCUACAUUCGCCCGCAUAAAAUGUCAGGGGUGACCAGUAGCUUUAUAGGAGCGAUACAGCAAGUCUUCGUGAAUGGAAUUCCAUUGGUUCUGUAUAGUGCCGAUACAGCUAAAUGUGCAAUUGUCCAGGAGGAGGAAAGAUUGCCUUGUUCUACUAGCGGUGUCACUAAAUAUACUGGGCCGCCGUGUGGAGAUGGUUUAACACCUUGCAAAAACAACGGCUCGUGUAUUCCCUUGUUGAAUGAAUACAAGUGCAUAUGCCAAGAAGGCUACCAGGGCAGGAAUUGUGAACUUUCUUUGAAAGCUGACAUGUUGAACGAUGGAGCUCCUGUCAAGUUCGAUGGAAACAAUUACUACUCUUACAGGAGUAGAGGAAGUCGCAGGAAUCACGGAGUGCGAGGCAUGCGGUACGAAAUAAAAUUCCGUACCUACAAUGACUCUGGUCUUCUCAUGUGGAGACGCAAGAUUGGUAUAAGACCGCGGGACUUUAUCGGGCUCGGACUUAGCGAAGGCAAACUCCACUUAAUUUACACGGACACUGACGCUAAAGAGGCUAACUUGGCAACUCACGAAGAUUGGUUCCAAAGUAUCGAGUCCAAGGUACGAGUGGACGACGGAUUGUGGCAUACGGCUACUGUCAGGAGAAGAAAGAGGCUUGCGAUGCUUCAAGUAGAUGACACGCAGCCAGUGAGAGGGUACUCGCAGUCUCCGCUGGUGCCCUCGAAGUCCAACCCCAAAUUAUGGAUUGGGGGAUCGCCAUCUCUACCAUUGGGUCUACCAGCAUCAUUUUACACGGGGUUACGCGGUUGCGUAGCCAGUGUAAAGGCAAGCGGGCGACACAUCCAACUGGCCACCCCAAUCCGACCUGCGACUAACAUACGACAUUGCGACUAAAGUACAACACAGUACGAGUACUAUUUAACGAUUUAUGCGUACAAUUCGACUGUCGUACAUCCCCCAGCAAAACGGGGAGAGAAGAGUCAAUUGCUCAGUCCUUAAAAGAACAAUAAAAAGGAUUGUGAGAUAAAAAAGUAUUAUUUCGUAGUAUUUAUGUUCACUAGUGUUUGAAGUACCUGCCUGUAAAGUACCUACCGAUACAUAUCCGAUCCGAACUUCCGUUCGAUUAUUUCGGUUUUACCUCAAUUUGCAGCAUUUAUUGUGACGAAUGUCUCCCUUUAAGGAAUUAAGUACUACUCGUAUAAUAUUUCAUACAAGAAAACGUAAAAGAGUAUUCAUAUCUAACCAAAAUAAUACGUUGCCAUAAUAAAAAUACGUUAUGUUAUAGUUCUAGGUCUAAUUAGGAUUAAAUUAAUUUUAUCUUUGUAAAAUCGGUGCUCGGAUUACACAUCAGAGGUAUUAUAAACAAAAUGAGAAUACGAGUAGAAUGUGCGAAAGUACUGAAUACUAAAAAAGACUCUUGAUAUUUUGUUGUUAUAAUAGCUGAAAUAUUAUAUCUAGAUGUAGAAUAGUCCAUAUACAUAGUUUCAUUAUUGUAAGCAAGUGCUGAAAUAUGAUAUGAGGAUAUUAAAUUUGGAUAUUUGUAAAUGUUUAUCAUAUUGUACGUUAGAGGAUGAUUGACGGGCUUUAAUGACGACAUUCCAUUUUGUUAGACGAAAUAAGAUGCCUUCUUUUACGAAUUUCUUUUUAAUAAUGUUUUAUACUUACUUGAUACUGUUUAUGCUGGCAGAUAAAUUAAGGUAGAUUAGUAAGUACUGUUCGACUAUAUACGUGAAUUUUAUACUAAUUUGGCGCUAACUUUUUCUGCUAUAAAAUAAUAUUUUUAAAUUUGGCAUUCUAAGUUUGCUGUUCCAUAGGGUAUGUAAUACGUUAUAUAAAUAAUAUUUUAAUCAGUGCCAUAGUUGUACAGUAGUUUCUCAUAGACAUAUAUAAACUCCGAACAAGGCGAUAGGUUGUGUUGUGUACACCCACUUAUUUAUUUUUAGUUUUAGGUUUUUACAAAGUUGUUUUUUUUCUGAUAUUUCAUAAAUUAAUUUGUCCCUAUUUUUUACGUAUUGGUUUGGAAUUAUUAUAUAAUUAUUUUGAGAUAUGUCUAAGUGUAGGUAACUUUGGAAAAUAAUUCAUAUCCACUUUUCUAAUGACAUUCUAUUCAACAAUAAUUUUAUGUAGAUACUCAUGGUAUUUUGUAAAAUAUGUACAUAAUUAAUUAGACUAGAUUUUUUUACAAGCCGCUUUACUAUUUUUUAAUAAUAAAUGUCCAUAACACGUGACUUCGGUUAAAUCUUACGUUGCUAUUUACUUUAUGAGGAAAAGAAAAUUAAUUACGUUAGAAUUUUGUGGAUAUAUUGUCUUGCUCUAACUUAUGAUGUUUGUUGUAAUUUAGAGGGAGAAAGCGAUAGUUUCAGAAUAUUUCGGAUGUUAUAUAUUUUCCUGGCGAAAUCGUACUUGACAUUCGAACAACUUAUGAACGGCUCCCGUGGGGGCCGUAAGUUUGACGUUGUGUAGUAAUAUUGAUUCUGGACCUUAUUUCCACAAAGUGUAUACAGAUGGGUUACAUUUGUACUGCCAAGGAAAAAAUAGGAUUUUUCGGAUUUGGCUUAUUUGUCUAAUAUUGUUUUGAAAUUGUCCGUAGAGCUGACCCUUCGUUAGAAACACAUGCAGCUUAAUACAUUUAAGGAAAUUGCAUUCUAGAUAGAACGCAACGAAACUGCUAGAAAAUUUCCGUGCUGCAGUUACCUUGCAGUCCAAAUGUAGCCCUCCUGUUGCGUGUUAUUAUACUUACGUACUUAUUUCCUAUACACUAUACGUAUCAUUGAGGCUAGCAAAAGCCUAUAUCAAAAUUUAGUUCUGUUAAAAUUGAUGUGUAAAGCAAGACGCUCUGUAGAUGAUAAAGCUAAGUUGUUUUCACUACUUUCUAGUGAACUUGUAAAGUAUUAUACUACUAAUUUAAAUAAAAAGGAAAUGACAAUAUUAUAAUAUUUAACAACAUGGCAUUUAGAUUUACUUUUUCGUGUUAGACAUGCUUCGUUAUGGAACGAAACAUAUCCAGUUCACUUUUAGAUUGUAUUUAGGUUAGCCCAACUCCCUUUUAUUUGAAUAGGGUAAUUUGGAUUCGUUAAAAUAAAUAUUUCUAUUCGUAUCAAUGAACACGUUCAAGUAAAUGGGAGUGUGGCUUCACAGCAAUAAAUCUACCUACCUUUAGGUACAAUGUAUCACUGGUUCUCGACAUAUCUUCCAGUCCAAUUUGUUACGCAAUGAGUGUUUUGAUGUAACUCUCUUAGUUUAAAGAUACAAGAUGAUAAAUAA